CAGUAGUGUGGCCAAGAAGAUGGUCAUGAUACCAGUUCUGGAGAUUUCAUUGCACAUCUUGAUGUCUUCCUUGGAAAAUCCAGCAUGUGGAGUUACCUGAAGUAAGGAUUAGUAACCAAACAGAAGCUGGGGAGAAGAGUGCUUAAGAGCUACUGUUUGAACCAGAACGAUAGGAAAGUGGUUUUUGGAGCUUGGCUGCAGAGUGGUGUGUCUUCAACUUUUGCACUCACCUUUCACAGGUACAUGCAGAAGGCAGAGAUGAAGAACUUGUUCCUUCUGCUCAUGCUAGCAACGAUGCCAACUUCUACAUUUUCAGGCCACCGGAUGAAACGGCAGCUUGAUGUCUGGGGGAGCUGGGGUGAAUGGGGCAAGUGCAGUCGGAGCUGUGGCGGUGGAGUCAGCUUUCGGCAACGGCGCUGCUAUUCCCAAAGGACAGAAGGUGCUUCCAGUUGUGUUGGACCAACUCGAAGCUAUCGGUCAUGCAACAUUCAGAGCUGCCCAGAAGGCUCCCAGGAUUUCCGGGCAGAGCAGUGUGCAGAGUUCGAUGGGACAGAAUUCCAAGGAAAGAAAUAUAAGUGGCUUCCAUAUUAUGGAGCGCCUAAUAAGUGUGAGUUGAACUGUAUUCCCAAGGGAGAAAACUUCUACUACAGGCACAAGGAAGCAGUGGUAGAUGGGACUACCUGUGAACCUGGCAAGCGGGACAUCUGUGUAGAGGGAGUUUGUCAGGCUGUUGGCUGUGAUAACAUGCUGGAAUCUGCCAAGAAGGAGGACAAGUGCCUGCAGUGUGGAGGAGAUGGCAGCACCUGCUAUGGUGUGAAGGGCACUUUUGAUGUGCCCAGCCUCCCCAAAGGUUACAAUCAAAUCUUCAUCAUUCCUGUGGGAGCCACAAGCAUCCAAAUUAAGGAGGUUAUGCCCAGCAGGAACUUCCUGGCUAUCAAGAAUGUGCGAGGGGAGUAUUACCUGAACGGGCAUUGGACAAUCGACUUCAGCCGAGCGCUGAAGGUAGCUAGCACGAUUAUGCACUAUGACCGUGGCUCGGAGGGUGAUCUGGCCCCAGAGCUCCUCCAUGCCCAGGGUCCCACCACAGAACCCCUCGUCAUUGAGCUCAUCAGCCAGGAGCCAAACCCAGGGGUACAGUAUGAAUACUACCUCCCUGUGCAAGGACAGGCCUCGGGCUACAGCUGGAGCUAUGGUUCCUGGAGUGAGUGCAGCUCCGAAUGUGGAGGAGGUUUCCAAUCCCGUUUGGUGUUUUGUACCAUAGACAAUGAAAUUUAUCCGGACUAUAUGUGCAGGAAUAAACCACAACCAGACAAUAAUCGGACAUGUGGCCAUCAAACUUGUCCCCAGACAAAACGGACUUCCUACAUCUAUCUGCCGCAAGCCUGGAGUCACAGUGGAGCACGGAGCUCUCAGAUGAAGAGGUGGAAAACAGGGGAGUGGGGAUCCUGCUCAGCUACCUGUGGUGGGGGCACCCAGACCCGCUCCGUUUACUGUGUGGCAUUUGAUGGUCAGAGCUCCCAAGGGGUGGUGGAUAACGCUGAGUGCAUGGCCUUCGCGCAGCAGCCGCGCAGCAGUCAGCCCUGCAACGUGAGACAGUGUGCGACCUGGAGCACGGGGCCCUGGUCUGAGUGCUCAGCCAGCUGUGGGGAAGGGGUCCAGACCCGGACCGUGACCUGCAGAACGCAGCAGGGCUCUCAGGCUCAGGACUUCUCUUGCCUAAUGGAGCCGAAGCCAUCGGCCACCCAGCCCUGCCUUAAGGAGAACUGCAUCCAGGAAAUCGGCUGGCACGUUGGAGACUGGGGCCUGUGUUCGAAGAGCUGCAGUUCAGGCAUCCGGACACGCCAAGUCAUCUGCGCUGAUGGCGACUCCAAAUUCUACAGUCCCGAGACAUGCAAAGCCAUCCAGCCACAGAAACCAGCCACCCUGGGUAGCUGCAACAUGCAGCCCUGCUACCUGCCACAGCAGGUUCCCAGUAUGCAGGACACUAUGGGAUAUGAUGUCACUCGCCAGUCCUUGCUGACACGUUACAACCCAAAUGGCCCUGCCACAGAUUCUGGUGAUGAAAGGACGCUCUCUGGGAGCUCCACGAUCCAGAGUACCUCUGGGAAUCACUACAUCCCAUCCACCAAGGACCGUGGCAUCAACUUGUUGCCUGUUCGCUGGGAAUCUCAGUCACGCUCAUCAGGUUCCCAUCAGCUCAGCUUCUCUCAGGACCCCCCUGGAGGGGCCGGCUCUCAGGACUGUCAGCGGAGCCCACACGGCUGCUGUCCGGACGGGCACACUCCGGCUUCAGGCCCUUUGGGGAGAGGUUGCUCCUUCAGCAGCUGCCACCGAAACAGGUAUGGAUGCUGUCCUGAUGGAGUAUCGGCUGCCCAGGGCCCAAACAACAUGGGAUGCCCACAAUAUUACCGUGACGUUCAAGUGAGCAGAAAUCAGCCCACUGCGGCCACUCCAACAGCAAGCCAAGCCUUGUCCCAGCAGUACCCCUCGGGCGAGUGCCGCAGUUCUGUGUACGGCUGCUGUUUUGACAAUGUCGCUUCAGCUUCAGGCCCUCGAGGGGAAGGAUGUCUCAAUAGGCCCAACUACCCGUAUCCUGUCAUUUGCCUGCUGCCCAGUGCCCACGGCCCCUGCGCCAACUGGACCACUCGUUGGUACUUUGUGACUGUCGUGGGCAAGUGCAACCGGUUUUGGUACGGUGGCUGUCACGGCAAUAAAAACAGCUUUGCCUCAGAGGAGGAGUGCAUGAGAGUGUGCCACAACUCGGAGGGGGUCAGUCCUCUGGAGCACCAGCCCUCUUCUGGUACAGGAGCCCUGCAACACCAGCACACCGGCUCUCGCUCUCAUACAGGGGAUGCUCGGGGUCAGCAGCAGCCACCCCUGAGAGAGUCUGCAAGUCACAGCCAAGAAGGAAGAGCCCGUGGGGCUUCACACCCCGUGCAAGACAGCCACAGGCAGGACGGCUGGAGAAGUGAGGUGGUGUCAGAGUCUUUGCCAAGGGCGGGUGUGCUGGAGAGCCAGGGCUGGGGCGCCCAGCAAAGCAGACUGAGCCAGCCGCGCCGGGGGGACACAGCCGUGCCGGGGCCCUCGGAGAGGCGGCGCAGUGGUGGAGGCGAGCAGUGGCAUAAGGCUUUCGGAGCAGAUGUUUCCGUGACAGAGGGGUUUGGGCAUCAGGCGUCUGCAGACUCGUUCCCAGCGUGGGCUCUGCACAGAGCCAUCCUGGAGGAAGCCAAGCCCUCUCUUGUGACAGCAGUCGUGGGACAAAACGUCCAGCUGGUCUGCAAGACCGGCGUGUCCCCCUCCUCCAGAGUGGAGUGGGUGAAGGACGGCCGACCAGUCUCCUCUGACAGGCACACCUACCAGUCCGACAGCUCCCUAGUGAUCAGCCACGCCAAGCCGGAGGACACCGGGACUUACACAUGCCUUGUCUCUGACGGGAGGACGGAGAGACGACAGAUUCAGCUACAGAUCAUAGAGUACCAGAGUGCUGUUCUGGCAGAGGGUGAGAGAGGUCGGGUCCUUCACAAGGAAAAUCAGCAGCAUUGGGAGCUCUCCAGAGGCAGGAAGGUUGUACAGGCAGCCGGUUCCUCUGUGCAUCAGCAAUUCACAUACAGGUUGAGAAUGGAUAAGAGCGAGCCCUCAGUAGUGGAGGCCAACGUCGGGGAGAGAGUCAGGCUGCCCUGCACCGUGGAAGCAUCGCCGGCUCUCGCCGUUGAGUGGCAGAAGGACGGGCAGCCGCUCUCCUCUCCCAGGCACAGGCAGCAGUCUGACGGGGCCCUGGUGAUCACCCGGGUCAGCUCUGAAGACCUCGGCUUCUUUACCUGCAUUGCCUCAAAUGGACGUGACCGGGACCAGCGCCAGGUCCUGUUCCGACCUCUGGGAGAGCUGAGGAUCACUGGUCUCCUGCCAAGCAUCACGGUACCUGAGGGAGGGACUGCUCAGCUUCACUGUACAGUGACCGGCAACAAUGUGAAUAUAAGGUGGUCAAGGAACGGAGUCCCCAUGCGGGCGGACGGCCACCACAUCCACCUGUCCCAGGAUGGAAGCCUGAUCAUCAGCAAUGUCCAAGAGGCAGACGAGGGAUCCUACACGUGCAGUGCCUACAGCAGCAGCAGCUCUGUCAGUGCCAGCACGGAGGUGAAAGUGCUGAGGAGCGGGCCCAGCACUUCCGUGAAUCACGUCGCGGACCUGAGCAGAGCGUGCGUGGACCAGCCCCACCUCGCCAACUGCGAGCUGAUCCUGCAGGCCCAGCUCUGCGGCAACGAGUACUACUCCAGCUUCUGCUGCGCCAGCUGCUCUCGCCACCAGCCACGGGCCAGCGCUCCCCGGCACCGCGGGUGAGACGCCUCCAGGGCCACGGGGAAGCACAGGUGACCGCUUACCAGAGCGGAAAUCCGAACUCUGUCCUUUUACUGCAUGAAACUGUUCCGGGAGCUCUGCCCUGCUGGAAAGAUCAAGAGGGUGAACUGAACAGAGUGUAGUGGGUGUCUCUGGUCAAAGGCGGGAGGCUCACCACCCUCAGGUUUCUUGCAAACUCUUUUCCCCCCCCCCCCCCCCCCCCCCUCCCCGUAUGCCUUGCUGUAGCUAAUCCAUCUCUUCACUUAAGGGUAGUUGCUGUCAUUCACAGAAUAAGAUAAUAUUGGGAAUGUAAGGAUCCUGUGACUUUACAGAAGGCAGAUAACCAGCAUGAAAGAGGGAGAGACCAAUUCUACGUACAAGCAAGAGAGAGAAGUGCUCUUAAAAAAAAAUUCUUCAAAGCGUUUGAAGAUGGGCCUGAACUGUCUUAACCAAAGCACUAAUGAGCAAUGAACAUUUGUAAUCCUGGGGAGCACUUUCCAUCUAAAUGCAAAGGACUCUGGCUGUGAGAAAUGGUGUGAUGCACAAAAAAUUAGUGCUCAGGUCCUAUGAGAUUAUUAGCUUUAAGGGUGCAGCUGUAAUGUCACGUUACUGUAGCUGUAUUAUUCCAGUAGACCUUAGAUAAAUUUCUAGUUGGGUUGGUUUGAUUUUUACUUGACUGUAAUCAGCUUUGGAGUGAAAUGCAGAAGCAAUACUUCACAGAAAGCUGAAGACAAAAUAGAAGAAUACUUUCAGCCCUUCCUAAGUGUUAGGGGUAAUUUAGACAAAUAUAACACUGUCACCUGUUCUGAGAUGCUGCAGCUUAACUAUCACUUGCUCUAGAAAGGCUUAGCAGAUAAUUUUUUUUUUGUUUCUUUUUUGAGCUAGAACUGUGCUGUGGAAUUUAUUGCAAAGCUGGGCUUGGUGGUUACAUUGUGUGCUGAGUUUCAGCUUGGGGAGGCGAACAAUAUACACAUAGAAAUACGUGUUGGGGCACUUGACUUGCCAGAAUAAACUUCCUAGUGAUCUGCUUAGUCUCAGAUAAGUCCGGGAAAGCCUGGCUCUGCAUGUGGCCUGGGCUGACUCCUGCUGCUGGGAGCUAACAAGGACUUCCAGAUGUGGAGCAGCUACAGCUGACAAGCAUCCUUCAUUUCAAGACUCACAUGGAAUGGCCGUGAGCAUGCAGAUGGGGCUCUGAAAGAGAAACUCUCAGGCAUUAAGGGGUGUGUGUGGGGAGGUGAGGUUAUAUCAUGAUCUGUUAAACCAGGAAAGGCCCUUGGGUGUUUUCAGUAUCUCAAAAUGGAAUUAUUUCUGAGCAAAAGCAUUUUGACAACCUCCGCAGUGUUGUUUUACUCUAGCAUCAGCCCUACCACUCCCCCCCCUCUUCCUCAUUCCAAACUCCCUGCUGAGACUUGGAUGGGUUAAUCAUAUUAAUUAGCACUAUCACCUAUUUAUUAUUUGCAUAGAUGUAGCUAUAAACUAGUAGGCUGGUGUGUAGUGUUGAUAUUGAUGUUUUGGUUGGGGGGUUGCAGGGUUGGCUGCUUUUUUUUUUAUUUCUCCUACUUGUGUUACUUUUAUUUAAGGCUUCUAAGGCAGGCAGCUAAUUCAGGGCUGUGUUCACACCACUCUCCUCUCCUUCAGUGCAGACUCAGUACUCAGGACAGCAGUAACACAUAGGUGUAAAUCCCUAGGCUUGACAGCCUAAAGCUGGUUUGGACUCCAGAUCUAGUAAAUCAGUCCAGAUGCACCUAAAAAUAAGAAUUACUAACCUGAUGAUUGCACUCUCUUCAGCACAGGUAUGGCUCCAGGAUUGGACACACUGCUUUAAGAUGUGAACAAGAUGAAUAGUCUAGAAGCAAUCCAGUAAAGGAAUGAGAGGUGACAGUCACACGGAUAUUUGGGGGUGGGUCUUUCUGUGGGCUGUCAGAUUCUGCCUGCCACAAAAGACAAAAAUACUUAUUGUGCCUUUAAGGCCCUUUAAUUUGGGAAAACCUCCUCUACUGUGUAAUUCAUGGUAGGCAUUACAGUGUAAGGUUUGAAGUUGACAUCACUGCGUAUUUAAGAACAAUGAGAUGGCCCUGAGAACUUCUAAUUGUGUUUGUACAUAAUUUUGCAUUUAACAUCUCAGCCCAGCACCCUUUUUGUGUGUAUGUAUAGGUUAUUUUAGUGUGUAGCAUGACUUUGCCUUUUGAGGCCAGCUACUACCCCCAAGGUCUGUGGUCCAGCUCAGGAGCGUGGGUAGAAGUUGACUGUGGCUGUAUCGGACCCUUUUGUCCCAGAAUAAGCAGUCAGUUCUGUAAUAUCCCUUGCUACCCUGUCAGAGGCUCUGUUUUUAGAAUAUUUAAAUAUUCUGUGCAGUCAGCUUUCAUUGGAGGUGGUUAUACGAGCUGUGGCCAGGGAGCGCUUCCUUGAGAAGCGUGAGGCUGUAACAAGAACCUGUAUUCCGAGGGGCAGGACUGUACUGCUGCAGGUGCUUCAGCUCUGUGUUCACUGUGACCACCUUUCAGCUGUGUGACUGGGCUGUGGCAGCGGAAGACAUGCAGUUCACUGCUUUAAAUACAUGCCCUUGCUGUAGAAGUACCUAAAGUGUCUUUUUACAUUUCAUCUAUUACUUGACAAGCUGAGCUUUUCCCUCUCGUGUAGUACUGCUUAACUGCCUAACCGAAUGCUUACUUUUCUGAUGUGACAAUGAAAACGUUUGUUUGCUUCCGUAAACAAUGGAUUGUAAGACAGUCACCUCUCUCUUACUGUUGUCUCCAGGGCAGGGGAAGGGUGUAGCUACACUGGGUUAUUUUCAGCUGAUCUGGGGGUGGUACUGCUGUGAAAGAUAUGAAACUAUAGAGUAAGCAAUACAUACUUUCUUUCCUAUUCUAAACGUCUACAAAUAGUUGCUUGCUUUUUGAAAGCUGAAAAAGGCAUUGGUACCAACUCAGAUCCCCUCAGGAGCGUUGGCCGUUACUGUUCCUAUCGUACUGAAAACAGGUAAGAAUCAGUCAAGUCCCAGUUUUAUAGACCAGGUCAUUGUGAUACUCCCUGUACUUGCCUGAAGACGGUAACUGGUGGCAAGCUCCAAUGCUAGGACCAAAGGGAGCUCUUUUUCCCAUUCAGGUUACAAAGUCUGGCUUUUCUUUGUGUCUAAGCUGACCUAGUGCACAGAAGAAUGCAGUAAGAACCAGUCGUACUGACAGGGCAGGUAAAUAGAGGGGUGUCAGCUCCCUGGAAGAACAGAAAAGAAGUGAAAAUACAUUCUCUUCCCCUAUGGCUCCUAGGAUCUUCACUCCUUUUAGUAGUAGGGGAAAGAAAAACAAAAUGAGUUUCCCUUCUUAAAUGCUAGUGUCUUCAUAUUUGUCUCUAUGUAAAUAUUCAGUGUUUGAAAAUACAGUGAUGCAAUCCCAGAAUCAGAGGUUUUCAGAAAAGCCCUCUCUUUUGGAGCUUUAAAUAGUUAUGGGUCAUAAGGAUAUUUGCAAGUUCAGUUUCAAGUUACCCUGAACUUCAACAGGGUGUACAAAAUGAGAGAUGUUAAGAUGCCAUUAUUAAGCUUCUAGGUUAGCGAGCAGGGCUGCUGCAGGUUCACCUAACAACACAGAAGAUACCCAGAAUGGCAAAUGCUGAAAACUGAAUGGGGGUGGGGAAUGAAGCUUUCACAACCAGCGCUUCUACCACCAACAUUUAUUUCUGUUAAAGCAGAUUAUAAAUCAUCAGUACAAAUAUAUAUAACUUACAUUUGCUUGUAAGGCCAAAGUUUAAAAGUAAAGUUAAAAUGAGAUGGUUUUCACAAGUGACCAGAGGCAGAACCUGGACCAGCUGCAGCCUUAACCACAAGGUUUCACAAAUUGGUGGGAAAAAAAAAAAAUAAAAAUGAAGUUUAAAAA